AUGGAGGAGGAGGUGACGGAGCCUGCGGGAGUGAAGAUGCUGCCCUAUGAGGAGCUCGUUACCGGAAAUUUCGUACCGGACUUCGGUCGAGGAUGUUACGUUGCAUAUCACGACGCCGAGUGGUUGGAAGACAUGUUCAAGUAUAGUCGAGAAAUCUUAGGGCAGCCCAAGGGCUGUUCUCCUCCUGACCUCAUCAUCGACCCCGACACUCAUCUCCUCAGCGCUGUCAAUGCUCGCAAGCAGCGGCGGUCCAUGUACAUCAGCGUGAGGAGGAGAGUCUUCUCCUCCAUGGGGAAGCCGCUGCUGACGACUCCCGUGCGGGAGGAGGGAGGGGAAGAGCACCAGGUCACCACGUUCGUGCUGGUGAUGAAGCCCAUGACGGUCAUGGACCUCUGCUAUAAGAGUUGCCCCCUCCUCAGGCGAGCGACCUGCUGCCCUCCCGUCGGCUCACGUCCUCUCGCAGGCAACUUGUCCGAGUUGAUGAAUGGCAGAGACAUCCAGUCCAUCAUCGACGACCUGGAGGAGCUGCCGGUGGAGAAGAGCUACGCCUCUGUCGCCUCCUUCCGAUUCCCCCUCGCGGGAGAUGGUCCCUUCCUCUGCUCCCAAGGCUUCAACGGGCACUUCACACACUUCUUCCUGACGACGAGACAUGCUGUUGAUCUCGAAUGUCCUGUCGGGACUGAAGUGGUCGCUGUAGCAGAUGGAAAGGUUGCCGUCAUCUCGCAAGACAAUCAAGUUAGCGGAGCCGACUGCAAGAAUUUUCUCAAGUGGAACAGCGUCUUGCUGCAGCUUGAUUGCGGAUUGCUCGUGGAGUACGUUCACAUCAAGAAAGGAAGCGUGCGCUUCAAGGAGGGCGAUCGAGUCAAGGAUGGAGAAGUUAUCUGCGAGUCAGGAGACGUCGGUUUCUGCCCUAAGCCUCAUCUACACAUUCAAUUCCAUGAUGCUAAGCUGGAGGAUCACGCGAAGGCUCCUACCAUUCCCUUCAAGUUUCGAGUUGACGGCAGCACGAGCAAAGAUGACUAUGUUCCCGUGGCUGGACGGAUGUACAACACGCGAGGAGAAGUGGGAGAGUUGGAGGCCAUCUACGGCCUCCGCUCGUAG